AUGUCUUUUCCCCGUCGCUUCUCCAUUUCCAUCGAUGGCAGACCUGUGGGCAUGCCCAAGGAUGACCCCGCGGCUCGGCCCCAGGCGCACGCUGCUGAUAUGCACGACAGACCUGCCAUCUUUGAGAUUCAAGGCGAUCACCUCACCUGUGGGUCCUUGGUCAUGGGCCGCCAAAACAUGGAGGACCGCAGCUUGAUGCCCAAGCGUGUUGUGUGGUGCCCUAUGGAUCAGAUGGACCAGAUACAGCCUGUACGCAUUCAGGAUCGUGGGAACGGCCCCGAGCUUGAUCUCAACGGCGGCAGACUCGCAUUCGUUAAUAAUGGGCAGCUUGUAAGCCCACUCGUCCCAGAGAACCAGAGGGUUGAACUUCGACCUGAGUUCAUGUAA